CGAUUGGUUUGGUUACAACGCCGACCUUGCGCAAAAAAUUUACGCGCAGUGCGGAGCGGGAUCCUGCUGCGCCUCAUUCGGUAUCGGGAACGACACAAAAUACCUCGUCUACUGCUGCAGCCCCUUGCGGUGCUGUCUCGGCAUCUCAUGUUCAUCCAGCGGCGGCUCCCGGAGUACAACACGCGUUGGCGCUGGCCCGUGAUGCACCGUGGUCGGAGCUUCUUGCGAAAGUUUCAGAGAUC